AUGGGUGCUGCAAACUCCUCUCGGCCCGAUCAGGGUGGCCGGUAUGCUGGCUUCGGCAACCCUGCCUUCUCGAACAACACUGGUGGUUCCUCUUCCGGUGGCUACGGGGGCUCCUACGUUGGUGGGACUACUGGCGAGCUGCUCGACGAUGCGGUUGACUCCAUCUCGCGUGGCCUUGCCUUCCUCGGGAAGUCCCUCCGUGAGAACGUCAUCGAGCCGACCACCAACUUCGUCCAAGAGCAGGGCAUCAGCAACUACAUCUGGGGCAACUCCGGCUAUGGCUCUGAUUCCGGCUACCAUGGUGCUGGCAGCGGUGGCAACCACGGGGGUGGUGGUGGCCGCUAUUCCGGCUACGGCGGUGGCAUGGCUGCAUCCGGCGGCGGCGGCGGCGGCGGCGGCGGCGGUUACUCCGGUGGCCACGGUAGUGCCUCGUCGUCCUCCGGGUUCGGCUCUUCGGAGUUCGGCAACAACAACGGCAACAGUGCCGGUGGCUAUGGCGGUAAUUAUGGCGGUGACGCCGCGAGCCACUCCUCCUCGAACUUUUCCUCUUCUUCCGCGGCUGGGCCCCACUCGGGGGCAGGCCGCAGCUCACUGCCCUCCACCCCAAGCACCUCCUCUUUCGGUGGGCAGGCCGCCCCGAGCGCCUCCUCCUCCUCCUCCGGCCAGCAGCCCUAUCGGUCGUCUGGCAUCAGUCCCUUUGCGCAGGCCACCCCGAGCACUGCUGCCUCCUCGGAUGGCUUCGACGACUGGGGCUCCGAUUGGGAUCCGCAGGAUGUCGUUACCAACCGGCCAACCACUUCCCGAUCGACGUCGCGCCUGAAGCCGGCUGCCACCACUCCCACCACCGCCACCACCAGUGCCCCUUCCAUCAGUCAGGCGCCCACUUCCUCCUCCAGCCCGUUUGACACUGCCCAGGCAGCAUCCAAUGACCCGGAUGACUGGAACUGGUAGGGGGCUCGACCACGAGUGGGUGGGAGGGAG